CUUAUCUCGGGCCUGAGCAUCGAUGGUGUGUUGGCCGGGUUUGACAUCCUACUCUUAGAUUUGCGAAAUACAUUCUCUGUUUGUGAAGUUCGGCCUUUCUUUGUUUGUUUGCCUUACUUACGUGAAAUUCUGGAAACCAGUGACAUUCAAUUACAAUGUCUCAAGCAAGCAUAUCUUCCAAUAAUAUGGGAGCUGCAAAGCACCCCUUGGAUCCUUUGAAUGCAGCCGAGAUCUCUCUGGUCUCAACACUCCUCAAAGCCAAGUACUCAGACCAAAGUCUCCAUUUCAAAAUCAUCACCAUCCUCGAGCCUCCCAAAGCAAAACUUCGUCCUUUCCUGCAAGCAGAACGAAAUGGAAGCACAAGCUCCCCACUGCCUCGGAUUGCAUCAGCGCUUUUCUACCAUCGUGGAACGCCAAAUUUGUUUCUUGCUGAGGUGAAUGUUCGAUCUGGUGAGAUUGAGAGAAGUCAGAAAUUGGAUCUUGGACUUCAUGGUCAGAACGAUAUGGACGAAGUCAUUGAGCUGAGAGAUGCGUGUCUAAAAGACCCCAAAGUUUUGGAUGAGAUCAAGAAGUUCAAACUUCCAUCCCACAUGGAGGUCGUGUGUGAUACUUGGCCGUAUGGGAGGGACUCUGAAGACAAUCUUCCACGCUAUAUCCAGUGCUACCUUUUCGCCCGCACUAACCAUCCUGGAUCCAACCACUAUGACAACCCCUUGCCAUUCUCUCCAGUAUUAGACAUGACAACAAAAGAAGUCAUUAACAUCAUUCGUCUCCCAACAGGAUCAGACUCCACGUUGAAUUACGAUGCAGAGUUCAAAUCUCACCGCCCUAAAGAGUAUCAUCAUGAUCUUCAGACCCAAGCGGCACGAACAGAUCUGAAGCCCCUAAUUGUAAAUCAACCAGAAGGAGUUUCUUUCACAGUUGAUGGGUACCUCAUCAAGUGGCAGAAAUGGAGAUUUCGUCUGGGAUUCACGUGGCGUGAAGGAAUGGUGUUGCAUGAUGUGACAUACACCGGGCGAGAGCUCUUCCACAGGCUUUCGUUAAGCGAGAUGUUCGUGCCAUAUGGCGACCCUAGAUACCCAUAUUCAAGGAAGAGUGUAUUUGAUGUUGGAGACAUUGGGGCUGGAGUCGCUGCGAACAAUCUAGCUCUGGGCUGCGAUUGUCUGGGGGUCAUCAAGUACUUUUCUUUUGUCAUCAGCAACUCCCAGGGACAGCCAGUUGAGAAGCCAAAUGCAAUCUGCAUGCAUGAGAUCGACGAUGGCAUCGGAUGGAAGCAUACCGACGGCCGUACGGGAGCAGUUUCGAUCGUUAGGUCUCGAGUGCUCGUUCUCCAAACCAUAAUUACUGUCGGCAAUUAUGAGUAUGUCUUCAUGUGGCAUUUCGAUCAAGCAGCUGGUCUCCACUACAAAAUCCAGGCGACCGGAAUCCUCUCAACAGCUCCAAUCGAUCCAGGAGCAUGUGUGCCAUGGGGAACGAAUGUCAAUGAAGGAGUGAUGGCUCCAUUUCACCAACAUGUCUUCAGUCUCCGUAUCGACCCUUGUAUAGAUGGAGACAAAAAUAGUGUCGUCGAGGAAGAUUCCGUGGCCAUGCCCUGGGAUGACGGAAACCCAUACGGUGUAGGCUAUGUGACGAACAACCGCCUCAUCACAACAUCCAUUGCAUUGGACUCAGCUCCCAACCGAACCCACAAAAUCAUUAACCCUUCCAUAAUCAACAAAGCGUCAGGUAAGCCCAUCGCCUACGCUAUUCACAGUCCCCACAAGCAAAUGCUUCUGGCCCAUCCCGAGUCCUGGCAUGGAAAGCGAGCGAAGUACGCAUUUCACCCUUUCUGGGUGACUGCACAUCGCGACAAUGAGCUUUACGCUGCAGGCGAUUAUACCUAUCAGAGUUUGCCUGAUGGAAAAAGCGAUCUUGGAGCUUGGGCUGGAAGAGGCGAUAAGACUGAUGGGGAGGAUAUUGUUGUAUGGCAUUCAAUAAGCUUGACGCAUAAUCCUAGACCGGAGGACUAUCCCGUCAUGCCGUGUGAUACGAUGACAGUGAGUCUGAAGCCCAGUGGGUUCUUUGAGCAGAAUCCAGCUUUAGAUGUGCCGCAAAGUACACAGAAAGCGAAUGGAAGUCGGCUACUGGAAGAUAAGGAUUUGACUGUCGCUGCGGGAGAGGAGAAAUCAUGUUGUAAGCCGAAGCUGUAGAAACUCGAACAAUGAUCGACAAUCUUCAAAAUUUGCGCGGGAAAAUCAAUGAAACAGCAUGUUUCCCAUCCUGGGAUGAGAUCAUGGACUUUCAUGAAACAAGAACUUACUUCCUUAAUGAUGGGCGUCAUAACAGCUCUUCUGGUCCAAUUGCCCUCGAAGCCUGUGCACAUUCGCCGAGAAACUCUUGAGAGCGUCAGCAAGCGAACAUCACACCCCCUAGAGACCAGAACGUAUGUCAACUCAAGAAUCGGAAAAUAGCUAAAAUGAUGUCCUAUCUUAGGCAGGACGGUGGUCAGCAAGGAUUUUGGUUGUUACAAGCACAAUAAGUACAGACGGGUAUUACUGGAGAUGAGAAACAAGCUCGAAUUAUACCGCAACUUGAAUUUUAUGAUAGAAGAUCUCCUCGGAAGUUUUCCAAAGUUUGUACCUUGUCUUUCUGCUUAUGAAAUUAUCUCAUGAGAGCUCUUCCUGUAGAGAUGCAUUCUUCUCUUUACUUUGAGACGAGCUUCCAAGGUGUAUUUAUAUUCUUGGUGGGUCGCUCUCGCUUAAGAAUCCAC